AUUGUGGAGCAACACCGGAGCGAUUAGCGGCAAAAAGGGGGAGCCUGAUGUCGAGGAGUCAGCCCUGUGUAUGUCUCUCCAUGCGCCUCAACUUUUAACUCAAAGUUCAACAUCCAAACAGAAAAAAGGAGCAGAAGAGCCGCACUUUGUUUCUCUGAAUGUAACGUUGGACCAGAACUGGAGUUUCUUGUUGUUUUUUGGUUUUUUUUCUGUCUCUCUUGGGUUUUCUUAACUUAUUUUCCCUUAUUUUUAUUUUAUUUUACAUUUUCCUGACUCCACUUUCUUGUGAAUCUAUAUCCAUCCCCUCCAAACACCCCUUUCCUUUUUUUAUUUUUACCAACACCUCUGGAGAAGCAGCUCGCUGUUGUUAUGAAGGCUUCAUCCGUCCUUUCUUAACAUGGAAGCAUCCAGCGGAGCGAGUUUUGGGAUAGACACCAUUUUAUCCAGCGCCUCAAACUCUGCUAACCUCAUGAACGGAGACUUCCGGACGGAUUUCAGGAGCCAGGCCACCCCUUCACCAUGCUCGGAGAUAGACACGGUGGGCACGGCCCCAUCCUCCCCCAUCUCGGUCACCAUGGAGCACGGCGGAGAAGCGCAUCUGGUCCCGGACAGCCUUCAGCAUCAGCACCACCUGCACCAUCAGCAGCAGCAGCAGCACCUCCACGGCCAGCAGCAGGGCUUACCGCUGUCUCCUCCUCUGCCUCCCCAGCAGCAGCAGCAGGUCGGGGGGCCUCCCAGGACUGCCACCUCUUCGUUUUUAAUCAAAGACAUUUUGGGAGACAGCAAACCGCUGGCGGCCUGCGCGCCUUACAGCACCAGCGUCUCCUCUCCUCACCACACGCCCAAACCGGAAAGUGCCGCGGGACCGGACGUGUUCAGGCCCAAACUGGAGCAGGACGAAAACAGGAGCAAGUUAGACAAAAGGGACGAUAUUCAGAGCGAAAUGAAAUGCAACGGAACUAAAGAGGAAGGCGAUCGGGAGAUCUCCAGCAGCAGAGACAGUCCGCCGGUGCGCACGAAAAAACCCCGCAAAGCCCGCACAGCCUUCACGGACCACCAGCUCAACCAGCUGGAGAGGAGCUUCGAAAGACAGAAAUACCUCAGCGUUCAGGACCGCAUGGACCUGGCGGCCGCCCUCAACCUGACGGACACGCAGGUCAAGACCUGGUACCAAAACAGACGGACGAAGUGGAAGCGGCAGACGGCGGUCGGUCUGGAGCUCCUGGCUGAAGCAGGAAACUACUCGGCCUUACAGAGAAUGUUCCCCUCGCCCUACUUCUACCACCCCAGCCUGCUGGGCACCGUGGACAGCACCACGGCGGCCGCGGCGGCCGCGGCCAUGUACAGCAGCAUGUACCGGACUCCCUCCACGCCGCAUCCGAGCCUCCAGAGGCCUCUGGUCCCGCGGGUCCUCAUUCACGGCCUCGGACCGGGAGGCCAGCCGGCGCUGAACCCGCUGCCCGGAACAGCGCAUCCACGAUAAAAAAAAAAAACAACAAACUAAACAAACUGGACGCUGCUAGAACGCGUGACGUGGGUGAGC